AAAUUCACACCUAUAAAAUCACUAAAUAAAAAAUUAGAACAAAAAACGUGGCAGCUCUGUUUUUGUUUGGAGCAUCGGCUCCGUGGGCUGUUCAAAAUGCCGUAUAAUGUGUGUAGUGGUUAAAGGUCUCCCUAUCAGCGUUUCCAAAAUUACGACCAACAAUUUAUUAAAGGUUUUGCAUGGGUGACGUUGGCAACAAACGAUUCCUACUCAUUGGGGGCGUUAGUUCUGGCACAUUCUUUGAAGCAAGCUGGAACUGCCCAGAAUUUAGCGGUUUUGGUAACGCCGGGGGUUACCGGUGCUAUGAGGGAAAAAUUGUCGACCGUAUUCGAUUUGGUGCAAGAAGUCAACGUUCUCGAUUCAAGGGAUGAAACCAAUUUGAGGUUAUUGAAAAGGCCCGAACUCGGCAUUACGUUCACGAAACUGCAUUGUUGGCGUCUCACUCAGUACGACAAAUGCGUAUUUUUGGACGCAGACACGUUGGUGCUUCAAAAUUGUGAUGAAUUAUUCGAAAGGGAAGAGUUUUCGGCCGCUCCCGAUGUCGGUUGGCCCGAUUGUUUUAAUUCGGGAGUAUUUGUUUAUCGUCCUUCGAACGAAACCUUUGAGAAACUGAUCCAAUUCGCUUUGGAAAAGGGAAGUUUCGAUGGUGGAGAUCAAGGUCUUUUGAAUCUGUACUUCUCCGAUUGGUCACACCAAGAUAUAAGCAAACAUUUGCCGUUCAUAUAUAACAUGUGCUCCACCGCUUCUUAUUCGUAUUUACCGGCGUUUAAACAGUUCGGCGGCAACGCGAAAAUAAUCCAUUUCAUUGGAGCUACCAAACCAUGGUUGCAAUAUUUUAACCCGGAGACCAGAAAAGUACAGCCCUCAGGGGAGUCUAGCCAUUUGCAGGACGUGCUUCAGCGUUGGUGGGACAUAUUUUGCUCUCUCAUUCAUCCUCAGCUCACACCCAAUAUGCCUCAAGGCCGGUCGCAGGAGAACGUUUAUCCCGUGUACCCGUCCCAACCCCCACCCGAAUACGUUCCCCCUUAUCGAUUGUCAUCAUGCGCGGAUGACUAUGAAAAUGUCUGGGAUCCGUGGGAGGAAUACGAUCAGAGACAACAGUCUAGUAAUACUCAGCUACCGGUCUCGGUUUCGCACGCACAGCCUAAUGAAUCUCCAAAUACAAGUGCUGGUUUUGUUGCUGAACAUCAGCCCGCAUUUUAUAGUCAACCGCAAUCGCACCAAUCACACGACUUGUACCAUAUUAAUGACGUCGUAGCACCUGAUAUUACACCACAAGUACAUUACCAACAACACCAACAAACUACUCACGUAGAAGAGCAAAUUAACGAACCACACCACGAGCCUUACGUACAAAGUCACCGUAUUGAGUACACCAUUCCCUUACCGCAACCCGACCAAAAUUCCUAUUCGUCAUCUUCACCUGCCAGACACUAUAACCAGGAAAUCGAAUUCAAUCCUCCACCAUCCACAACACAUUUUCACGAUAACUCGAUCGGUUACAUUCCUUCCAAUUUCGAGAAUACCCUAGAAAAUAGACCCAGAACUCCGCCCCCUGAAAUCCAGACCCCUUGUUCUGCUUCCGAGCUUGUAAUACCGACCGAAUGCGAGGCUACGACCACCGCUUCCAAUGACAUUCCCUUGAAAAGCGUGGAAGAUAACGAACGAAACGACGAUGCUGGUUUGGCAGGAGCUUUUGCCCAAUUGACGCUUGGUGUAGCGAGGACGGCCGAGCAAGACGCUUUCGAAAGUCUGAUGAGAAAACAAGCUUGGGAAGUCGGUAAUAUCGAUUAUUUAGGCAAAGAUUCGUUCGAUAAUAUUUGGAGCAAAAUAUCGGAAACGCUGGCUGCCGUGGCUACUCCGGAACCCACUCCGGAACCCACUCCGGAACCCACUCCGGAACCUACCCCGGAACCAGCGAUCGCAGCAGUCACACCGACUACCGAAGCAACAGCGUCAGAAGUAGCACCGGAAAGAGUACCGGAUGCAGUAGAUACUUCUAAAGCUAUACCGUUACCGUCUGGUAAGGAACCUAUUCAAACACUUUCGGAUGCGCCAACACAAGCACCAGUAGAAAUCAUAGAUCAACCAAAGCCCGUCGCAACUACAGAGACUGAAAAACCAAAGAGUAAUAUAGAGGAACCUAAAAUAUCAGCUCCCGUGGAAUCCUUAAGUUCUCAAGGAAAUUUGGCCUUUCAAAAAGCAUCUGUUGAAGUCGCUUCACCUCCUCAACCCGCUGAAGUUCCUAAGGAAGCGAAAGAACUGUCAAUUUCUGAACCGCCUACUAAAGAACCGCAAAAAACGGAGUCUGCUAAUUUAGAAUCUCCACAAGUCUACCAAUCACAAAUUUCUCCCACAGAACCACCGAAAGUAUCUGAAAUAGUUCCUAAAACGCCACCGGUGGCAGAAGAACCAGAGAAAAUUGAACCAACAACACCCGCAGCCGCAGACGAACCAAAGAAAAGUGAAGCUACGCCUGCAUCGAUCGCAGCAGAAUUAAAAAGUGAACCAAGAGCAGCAGCGAUCCCGGAAGAAUUAAAAAGUGUGCCCACAGCACCCGCGAACGCAGAAGAACCAAAGCAAAGUGAACCAAUAGUAGCCGCGGUCGCAGAAAAUAAGAAAAACGUCGAUACCCCAGCAGCUGCGGUACCCGUGGUGUUGGAAAAGGCUCAGGGAGAAUUGACAAAAGCCAAAGCACCAUCGGAACCUCCUAAAGCGAAAGUGAUAGAGUCCACUCCUCCUACUACUCCAGGUUCGGCGCAGGAGACCAGCGUUCCAGAAACACCACCACCUGCAUCAACGGAAUCAUCAUCUGCCCCCACACCACCUCCGCGAAAAGUCGACAAGCCCAAAAAGGCCGCAACGAAACCAAAAAAAUAAUUUUUGGUUUAGCGUUUUUUUUUAUUAUUUCUUAAGGUUGCCAAAUAAAAUGUAUUGCCUGUGUGAUCAAUUUACGAUUAGUAAUCCUUGUUUUAUUUAUUUUUUAUGAGAAGUAUUUUACCACUAAUUUCACGCGAAAUAUUUUUGUUUUUAAUAAUAAAAAUAUUUAAUUAAA